AUGGACACAUACAACGUCGCAGCAGCCGCCAACGAACCGACCUGGACCUGCCGAACCAGGGUCUGGCCCAACGGGGCUUCCCAGGCACUCCAGCUGGAGUGUCUCCUCGGGGAGAACGAGAUACCGGAGGUAGUCCUCCAAUACUACCGAGGACUAACCACAUACCAGGAGGAGGGUCAAGUACGGCCACCAACGCCGUACUCCCCGAGCUCACCCACUUCGGUGACCUCGGAGGACGAGGAGGAAGAGCAGGAGGAGCCCAUCCCGGACUCCCCCAGGUCGCCAUCGCCAGAGGCCCUGACCUCGGAGGACGAGGAGGAAGAGGAGGAGCCCAUCCCGGACUCCCCCAGGUCGCCAUCACCAGAGGCCCUGACCUCGGAGGAUGAGGAGGACGAGUCCAUCCCGGACUCCCCCAGGUCUCCAUCCCCGGAGCCUGAACCCAUGGAGGAGGAUAUUCUGGUGGUCUAUACCGGACCACAAAGCGCCGUCGCCCAGCAGCCGGACGACAACGUUCACCUCGUCAGAGAGGUCCUCCGCCCAUGGUUCCCCAGGGGGACCCGAACCGGGCCAGCCAGAAGGGACAUCGAAAUGAUUACCAUAGAUUAA